GCGGCCGCGUGCGCCGGGGAGCGGCGGACGGCCUGGGCUUCCGCAGCUCGGAGCGCCGGGGAAGAGAGAGUCCGAGCCGCGGCUCUGCCCCGCGGCCUGGCGUUGCUGCCUGCUUUCUCCAGCCCCUUCUCGGCGUCUGGAAGUGUCUGGAGUUUUUUUUUUUAUUUCCCCUAAACUGCCAUUCAAAUUAAUAAUCCUCCUAAUAACCUGAUCUCCCGCUCCUCCCCAUCGGCCUGCCUCCCGCCCUCGCUCCUUCCUCCCUCCCUCCCUCUCCUUCCCACCUCCAGGGUCGCAGCCGGAGGAAAACCCGGCAGCAGUCCGAGGGUGGGGGUGUCCCAGCCCGUAGGGGGCGUCGCCGCGCGGUGGGGGAUGGGGUCGAGGCAAUGAUCCUCGAGGCUUUUGUGUGCCCUCUGCGCACGGAACUCCGGCCGCCGCCUCCGAGCGCGGGGCUGGUUGCAUCCCCGGGCAUCUCGUUCCCAAAUUAAACGUUAACGGGGGAAACAAGGGCAGACGCCCCUCCUCUCCCGGGCCCCUCCCGCCUCCCCUUUCCCCCUCACCCCCCUCCCCGCCCCAUGUCCGCUGAGGAGGCUGCCUGGUGCGGAGGCGUCGGCGGCGGUGGCGGCCGCGGCCGAGGUCGAGGCGAUCAGUGGGUGACCGCGGCUGCGAGGGACUUUGUCAUCCGUCCUCCAGGAUCUGGGGAGAAAGGGCCCCAUCCCUUCCCUCUCUGCCACCAUUUCGGACACCCCGCAGGGACUCGUUUUGGGAUUCGCACUGACUUCAAGGAAGGACGCGAACCCUUCUCUGACCCCAGCUCGGGCGGCCACCUGUCUUUGCCGCGGUGACCCUUCUCUCAUGACCCUGCGGUGCCUCGAGCCCUCCGGGAAUGGCGGGGAAGGGACGCGGAGCCAGUGGGGGACCGCGGGGUCGGCGGAGGAGCCAUCCCCGGAGGCGGCGCAUCUGGCGAAGGCCCUGCGGGAGCUCGGUCAGACAGGAUGGUACUGGGGAAGUAUGACUGUUAAUGAAGCCAAAGAGAAAUUAAAAGAGGCACCAGAAGGAACUUUCUUGAUUAGAGAUAGCUCGCAUUCAGACUACCUACUAACAAUAUCUGUUAAAACAUCAGCUGGACCAACUAAUCUUCGAAUCGAAUACCAAGACGGAAAAUUCAGAUUGGACUCUAUCAUAUGUGUCAAAUCCAAGCUUAAACAAUUUGACAGUGUGGUUCAUCUGAUCGACUACUAUGUUCAGAUGUGCAAGGAUAAGCGGACAGGUCCAGAAGCACCCCGGAACGGCACUGUUCACCUUUAUCUGACCAAACCACUCUACACGUCAGCACCAUCUCUGCAGCAUCUCUGUAGGCUCACCAUUAACAAAUGUACCGGUGCCAUCUGGGGACUGCCUUUACCAACAAGACUAAAAGAUUACUUGGAAGAAUAUAAAUUCCAGGUAUAAAUGUUUCUCUUUUUUUAAACAUGUCUCACAUAGAGUAUCUCCGAAUGCAGCUAUGUAAAAGAGAACCAAAACUUGAGUGCUCUGGAUAACUAUAUGGAAUGCUUUCUAAGAACAGCUGAAGCUAAUCUAAUUUAAAUGCUUGAAGAGGUAGCUAGGUGUUUAAAGUUCCUCCAGAUACUUUUACCUGAGUGAUGCUUCCCUUCCUAAGGCUGACCAAGACCAGUUGAUCCUUUUAGAUUAAAAAUAAAAUGUCGCAUGUAAAGGCUGAAGGCGCGUUUUAUCAGAAUGCCUUGCCUUCUUAGGUUCUUUUCCAUUAUGUCAAAGGUCCAGGCUCCAGUAGGAGAGAAAGAACUCCUCAUAGGAAUACUGAAGAAGUGGGAGGAACCAAGCUGACACAGGCCUCACUGCAAUUUGAUAUGCCUGCUGAUCAGAGUCUCUUUUGGGCAUUUUAUAUUUUGCAUUCUGAUGUACCUAGGAGUUUUGUUAAACAGAUUAUGUAUGUAUUUAUCCCAUUUUAUGCAAUUAACCAAAUCAACCAAAAAAAGUGACCAUGAAGUCCUGUAUUUGUCUUUUUACUACAUGUAUGAACUCUCAUGUGAAUGAGUACUGUAGUAAUCCAUUUUAAGGGAGCCUUAUUUCAGAAAUUUCAAACUGGUGCAAAUGGAAAAGACUUUCUCUUUUCCUUUAAGGCUAAAGACAAGAAUGUCAUGCUAUACAGGUGCAACUCAAUCCCUGUUAAUAAAAACCAAUGUAGGUAUAGGCAUUUUACCCUUUGAAAUAGCUGUGUCCCAAACUGUUGCCAUUGAUUUUUUGGAAAUGGCUUUAGAAAUAUCCAAGUUGUCCUUGAAUUGUCUAACCAUGGACAUAAACAGUUGUCUCCCUUCUACUGUGUAGAAUACUUUGACUUAAUUUUCUUCCAGAUACAGGGGGAUACCUGCCUGUUUUUCAAAGUGUUUAUUUACUGCUGUUACUAUUUGAUUAGAAUGUAUUAAAUAAAAAAAACCUGAUUUCUACAA